CAGGAAGGUCCCCACCCUGAGGCCUCAAAGACACAGCUGUGGCACAACAAUUUGAGUCCUAGGUUUGAUCUGUGUCCUGCCGAGUCUCGCUGGCAACAGGAUGAAGGCUGUGUCUCUCCUCCUACUCCUCCUCUCUCUCCUGGGUCUGUUUGUGUCCAGCAAGUCUCUGUGUACCCUGGAAGAAGGCAUCAAUCAGAAGCUGAAGGAUGGUGUCACAUCUCUAAUUUUAGAGGCGCUCAAGGACAUUGGACUGGAUUGUAAGACUGUGACAUCCAGGGGGGACCUGGCUUCCUGCCCUGCAGGUCAUGUUGUCACGGGGUGCUCGUGUGGCAUGGGCUGUGGCUCGUGGGAUGUGCGUGCCGGGAACACAUGCCACUGUCAGUGCGCGGGCAUGGACUGGACCGGAGCGCGCUGCUGCCAUCUGGGGGGCACGGCUUGAGGUCGUUUGAGCGGAAAGGGGGCACAGG